UGGAAAACGACAAUUACAACAAUAACAACAACAGUAGUAGCAUCUGCGAGGCCGAAAAUAUGCAGCGAGGUCAAGAGGAUUUAAUGCGCAGUAGCAGCAGCACAACCACUGCCUUUGAAUAUUCAUUUCCCACCAACAAUGACGACGAGGACGAUGACGACGACGAUGACACCGAAAGUAAUAAAAGUACACCGUAUUUCACACCAAUGGAAUUUAUACAGAGUCCAUUCGAGUUUCCGACGCCACGCCUGACGGACACAACAUCAGCGGAACACCAGCUGACAUCAGCCGCUGCAACGCUGUCUAGUAAUGUUCAAACGUGUGUAAAGACUAACAACAGUGAAUUGGAAAGUAUGCCCUCGAAAGAACACACCCAGCAUCAUCAAGCCGUAGAUAAUCAACAAAGUCCAAGAAUAUUACAAAUAUCCGGAGCUGUGCCGGGCACUCCAAAAGCAGCUACGGCACUCAUAAAGCAUUUAGAACCAUCAUCGCCAAAAGUAAAGGGAAAAUAUCGAAGGUUUUCACUUUACGAGAGACGCUCCUGUUCGCCACAACAUUUAAUAAUCAAAAACGCAUCGUCCGCAGAAUGCACAGUGGAUACUGACAAAGAGAAUACCAAGCCAAAGACAAAGGCAACCGAUAAGCAGCACGACGAAAGCCACAGUGGUGGCAAUAAUUCACCUAGCCUAAUCCUAGAUGAGACCACUGGUUCGCCAAGAAUUCUGACCUCUUCUGAAGCAGCCAUGAUAUCAUCGGGUCGUUUAUCAUAUUCUCCCAAGCUAUUAACGUCCAUUAAUAACCUUCACUUGGCCUCGCCGUUGGGCGUUAUAAGCUCCGCUGGUUACAAGAACGGAAACUACUUUAAGUUCCCCGAGAUUGAUCAUGUUGUACAGCAGGAAACGUCGAGUCAGACUGGAGCCCCAUCGACUUCAGCUGCGGACGAUAAUUCUGGCACCAGUCGCAGCAGCAAAGACAAUCAUAAACGUGCAAAUAUAACACGAAAAUCAGCCUCGAACGAUAACCAAACGACUUCAACUCCCAACUCCAAUUUUGAAUCGUUCAAUGAAACGGAAAUGGAAAUCAAACCAACAACAAGUGCAAUUCUACCGAGAAUCGAAACCAAAAGAAAUCGCAAAAACAAAAAUAAUCUAACGAUAAAAAUAAUAAAUAACUCAUCUUCCACCAACACCACCACAUCCUCCUCUUCCACGUCCUGCAACAACACGGGAUCCUUUUACGAAAAGCCCCCACUCUCACCGAAUUCGAGCAACAAACCGAAAACACCCACCAUUAAAUCAACCAAAGAAAAGGCUUUGUCAUUGGACUCGGCCCACACGGCCAAGGAAUCCACCACCGCCAUCAAGUCCACUCUUAUGAUAAAACCCGAACUAUACCUAAGCUGUGAUGAAAUCGAUUCAAAUUUAACCGGAAGCUCUAACCGUUUAGAAAUACAAUCUCAAGAUCGCCUGCGUCCCCACCACCCGAACAACACUCGAUCCACCUCCAUGUCGCAGCUGACAAUUGGCCAUGGCGCUGGCAGUAGUGCCAAAUUGAAUAAAAAUAUACGCAGACGAAUACCCAACUCCAAUAGUGUGGAUUGGCAUCUGCACCAGCGGAAAUAUCCAACUUUACAUCAUGCCAUACCAGAUCCGAUCACUAAGAAGUUGACAGACAAACGUGACGAUGCAAAAUUAGUUGUUAUCUUGAAGGAAGAUGAAGAGGUGUCCCCUGAGCAGCAACAACAACAGCAGAUCCACAGUUACUCGGCAUUGCAAACUCCCAACUCUAGCACCUGUACAUCCACGCCAUCCUCGGCUCUCAGAACACCAUAUAAACACAAUCCUUUGCUGCAUAACUCAAACACAAAUCUUAAGACGUUGCCGGAAUUUCUAACUUUGGUGGAGUUUUCAACAAAUUCGGCAUCGGCCAUGGGUGCGGAUCAUCCCUACAAACAAAAGUCCAUGGACUUGCCAAGCUCAUCGACGGCAGUGGCAUCGAUACCGGGAAGCAGACCACCGAACUCUUCAUCGUCCACCAAUCUUCUUCAGAGAAGAGGCUCCAAUCACAGUCUUACACUAAAUCUUCACUCGCAAUCAUAUUCGAACCUUCUGGGGUCAUGCCGGUCCGGCCUAUCGGUGUCCAACUACAGUCUUGGCUCUGUUGGAAAUUCCAGUAAUAACUUGAACUCGAAAUCCAGUUGUAAUUUGAAUAUAUCAACUUCACAAACAUCACAAACUACCAACACAACGGCAACCGUAACCAGCCAAGGCGCAAGACAGAGUCUUUUCCGUAGACGAGGAUCCAAUCAAAGUUUAACUCUCACGAAUCUAUCUUGUGGCAAUUUGAAUUCAUUUGCCAGUCAGAAUUCGUUGAAUGUCGAACGAUCGGGACAACUGCCUAGUUUGGCCAGACCCAUAGCAAAUGCCUCGCUAACCACAACACCACGAAGAGGUCUGCUCGAAAGGAGGGGAUCAAAUCAAAGUCUUACCCUCAAUAUGAGUAGCUCAUUUGGAGGAAUUGGCAGCGAGCGAGGUGCUCUCGGCAACAGUAGCAUUAAUUUGGGGGAUGCGGCAAAGGCAGAGGAAGAAAUCAAAGCCACCAACCACCACUCUUCACUGAUGCCUAACUGCUCUGUCCAUUCUCAUCAGAGACGUUUCUUUAGUAGCGAAAGUUUGAAUCGCAACAAUAGCUCCCAGUUCGGCGAAUUGAAUCCACCGCACAAACGAAAUGCCAAUCAGCUAUGUUUCGGUUCGGUAAACGAUCUCAAGCCCAGCCCAGACAGAGGAUCGUCACACAAUUUGCGCGAUGACAAUACCAAUCCACAAGCCGAACAUUUCGAUUUCAAGGAGACCUCUGUAUGCACAUGUCCCAGUAUACGCAACAUCAUGACAAAACCCCUCUCCCCACAGACCACAAGCGAAGAGUUUAAAAUCUAUUUGGCGAACAUUCAAAUGCUGCAAAAUGCCUCCAAUGCUCUUAAUCAAAACGACCUAAUCAAACUCAAUUAUAUAUUCGACAACAGUUAUGCGUCCCGGUCCAAGGGAAUAGCGGAUCAAAGUAUUCCAAUACUGAUGUCAACGCACAACCAGUCAAGCAAGGAAGCAGAAACACCCCCACCGGCCAUGAUUUCCAAUUCGGAGGAUUGUGAAAUUAUAGAACGAUAUAUGCAAGUAGUUCGAGACAUUCUGCAGACCCUACAGCCCGACGAAGAGGAACAGAAACGUAUGUUUUUGAAUUUGCACAAGGAAUUUUGGGAUUUGCCACUAAAUCAUCAGGAGAAGCCAAUGGUUUUUGGUUCGCAGACCAAAAAUCGUUACAAGACGAUAUUGCCCAAUGAGAAUUCACGGGUUAUCUUGGAAAAGGAAUCGAAGCUAUUGAUGGAAAUGAUGGAGAACUGCUGUGGCGGUAAUGUAGAGGUUGACGAGGAAACGUUAAUGGAUGGCUUGACAAAACCAUCUAUGUUAGUUGCCGAGGAAGUACCCUACAUCAAUGCCAACUAUAUUAAAGGUCCCGACUACACUUCCAAAUGCUACAUAGCCACCCAAGGUCCUUUGCCCAAUACCAUUUAUGAGUUUUGGCUUAUGAUCUACCAGAAUACCAAGAAAUAUAUCAAAAUAUCCAAAGGUCCAGAUAGUCCUAGUCGACGCCAGGGCAAGCUCUUGCAACAGUAUUAUCAGAAAAUAGUAAUGCUCACAAAUUUCAUGGAAAACAAUCGACAAAAAUGUUCAGUUUACUUUCCGGUCGAAUUAAAUGAAAUCUUCAUUACAACCCCACGAGAAGAAGUGGUCCAAGCCAGUGACAAGUUCACCGACUUUAUCAAUCCAUAUCUAAGCGAAGAAGCUAUGGAGACCGAAAUCGACGAGACGGAGGGUACAGCGGUAAAAGUAAUAAAAAUAGCCUGUAACAAAGUGGAAGUGGACGACGACUUGAAGGCGCAUUUGCCCAACAGUAAAAGCUUCUUUGUUAUGAAGAACGUGGGAAUUGUGAAGAAAAAUGGUUUUUCCAUCAGGAAAAUUCUGAUUUUGUAUUGUGCCAAUUUCACGGAUGUCGUCAACAUUCCAUAUUUGUUGAUUAACAAAUUUGUUUGCUAUCACUACUGGUACCCGGAUUGGCCCGAUCAUCGUUCGCCAAGGGAUAUCAAUACGCUACUGGACAUAUCGCUACAUGUCUCUAACUUGGGAAAAUGUGAAUCGGAGUUUGAAGUCUUCAGCGAUGCCGAAGAAACACCUCCCUCCCAUGUUAAUGCCCAGUCCACCGAAUUGUAUCAACAGGACAUCUUCAAUGCAGUGCAGCCACUGCCAGUCAUACACUGUUCAGCUGGCAUUGGUCGCACGGGUUGCAUGACAGCCAUUUUGAAUGGCAUACGACAAGUGAGGCAAUCUUUGGCUUACUCGCUGACUUCAAUGGCAGCCAAAGCGGCAAAACAGGCCACCUCAGCACAGGCGUUAAGUCCCGUAGAUUUCCGGUUGCCACGUCAAUUUUUGGAGGAGGAUGUUCUACUGCUGGAGGCUCCCAUACCUACAGAUAUCGAUUGCAGUUUUACACGCAACACAUUGCUGUAUAUGCGUUAUAUUUUGAAAAUGGAAAAGAAAAUUAAAGAGCAGGAACGACAACAACAACAACAACAGCAGCGGCAGUCAACAGUAACGAAUGAAAGCCAUCAGGACGUUGACGAGUCGUCUCCCAUUGCCGAAGAAGAAGGAGAAGAAAAAAGAAGAGCAUAUGAGGAGGAUACAUGGAGACUGCCAUCUGUUGCAGAACUGCCAAAAAUGCCCAAUAUUUUCGUUGAUGUCUUGGGUAUUGUUUGCAAUUUGCGAUUACAACGGGGUGGUAUGGUACAAAAUUCCGAACAGUACGAAUUGAUACAUAGAGCUAUAUGCCUAUAUUUAAAAAGGACAUUUGCUUUGAAACGCUUUUAA